AUGGAACAAAAUGCUGUAAAACACCUCAAUCAAGUUUAUAAAAGGUACGCUUCUUUCCGUGGUGAUUUUAGAAAAUGUAUUUACGAGUAUGAGGAUGAAGGAGAAUUUAUAAUUGCUUGGACUGUUAUGCUUGAUGAAUAUAAUCUUCAUGCAAAUGAAUUGUUGCAAGGAAUAUAUGCUUUGAAAGAAAAAUUAUUUGCAGCAUAUAGAAAGCAAACCUUUUCUGGUUGCAUGAAUAGCACACAAUUAAGUGAGAGUUUGAAUAGUGAAUUAAAGGAUUAUUUGCAGUCUGAUUAUAAUUUGGUACAAUUUUUUAAGCAUUAUGAUAGAGAAAUUGAGGACAAAAGAUAUAAUGAGCUGCAAGAUACAUGUGAUGCAUCACAACGGUUGCCAGUAUUAAAAGCAAAGAUGCCAAUUUUGUUUCAUGUUAGAGAGGUAUAUACACCAAAUAUUUUUUCGAAGUUUCAAGAUGAAUAUAUGAAGUCUUUAAUAAUUAUAGUGAAUGGAUGUGAGGAAAAUAAUUUUCCCAUCAUUUAUAAGGUUAGCAAGUAUGGGCACACUCGAGAGCAUAUUGUUAAGGUGACAGAGGCAGAUCAUAUAUCUUGUACUUGCAUGAAGUUUGAGUCCAUGGGUAUACUUUGUUGUCAUGCAAUAAGAAUUCUUGAUGUGAUAAGAGGAGUGGAUAAAAUUCCAGAUGAGUAUAUUUUGAAAAGAUGGACAAAAAUUGCAAAAGCCGUAAAUAUUAAAGAAAUUGAUGGGCAAGAUAUAGAGAUCAAGGAUUCAAAGCUAAUCAUUGUGAAUCGUUAUAGAAUCCUUUGUCCUAUAUUUGUUAGAAUGGCAGCUAAAGCUUCUGAAACAGAUGAAAGCUAUAAGCUAGCGGCAACAUGUGUAAAUGAGUUAAGUGCAAGAUUGAAACAAAUUAUGGAGGUAACAGCUCCAUCUCUCCAUACUACUGGCUCAACGAGAGAUUUACCAGAAGAAAGUAAUGACAGAGAUCUCCUCUCACGAGCCAAAAGUUUUAAAAAGAAAGAUAACACAAAACGUCUGAAAAAGAGGAUCAAUACUUCUCUUGAAGCGAACUCAAAGAGUAAGAAAGCUCGAGGAAAGAAGUCAGAUUCUAUUAAUCAAGAUGAUCUACAGUUAAUAAUAGAACUAAAAUUGAUAAGCGAAAUUGUAUCAACCAGGUAUAUCAUAUUUUAUUUCAGUUCAUAA